CUGAGAUGACAAACGUGCGGUCGGCCGGGAGUUCUUUAAAAAAACUCGAGUCGUCGGAGGCGCGACAUGAAGCGACGCCGCAGACGCCGGCGACGUCCGCCCGAUCGAGCGCAGCCCCGAAGUCCGGCAGAUUGGCGCCGGCUGCCCCCCGCCCGACAAUGAUCGGGGCCCCGCUUUGGACUCGGCGGAUGGACGCGACAACCCCAUUCCUCGUUCUCCUGCUGCUCCUGCUGCCCACCAAUCAGGCGUCUUCCAUCAGAAGUGGCCGGUGUUCCGAUUCCCUGCAACGGAUUUUGAAGCUGACCAGACUGACGCAGAAGGAAUCCACCGAGCUCAUCCAAACUUACAAAGCCUCCCAGGGUGACAUGUCGGACGUCUUCUGCCGGGCGUCCCUCCACGACGUCCCCGAGCCCGCCAUCUCCGGCCUGAAGGUUUCGGAGCGGCUAGAGAGCGUCCUGGACCGCCUCUGCGCCUUCCUGCCCCACCUGAGGCGGGUCUACGACCAGCAGGCGGAUCUCCAGGCCCCCGAUAGUCCGGUUAUGGUCCAACUGGGCCACGUGGGCGAACGCAGUCGGAGUUUGGGGUCUCUGGUGCGGGCCUUGUACCGGGACGCCUUCCCCAACCUUCAGGAGCCCGCCGGGGGGGCCGCUGUCCCGGAACCGCCGGCCCAGAACGUCUUCGGCCAGAAGGUCUACGGAUGCGUUCUCCUCAAGACCUACAAGGCGUUCCUGAGCAACGCGGCCCGGGAAUUCAGGAGCCUCAAGGGCAAAAUGUGCAGAGACAGCAGGAUUGUCGAGUCCUCGUGAUACCGGGACCACUUCACAGGAUCUACGGGACAGCGCACCUAUUUAUGAUUAUUUAUAUUUAAUUCAUAUUUAUUACAAAAGUUGUACUGGGACCAUGAAAUGCACUUUUGUGUCAAAACUGUACGAGGCGGGGUGGAAUGCACCGGCCCAAUAAACA